GCCGGCUUGGGGGCUGGACCUCAGCCUCUCCCCGCCUGGGGCCGCGGCCGCACCGGGGGUGGCUCCGCAUCUCCAAAAGGGGCCCUCCGACUCUUCGCUGGGCCAGUCCGGCGCUGGGUCGUGGAACCCCGCGCAACUCCCGCUGGUUUCUGAAGGGAUCUCUCCUCCAGAGUUUCGAGCAACUUUCCCCUCUGCCUGGCGCGGCGGUGGCUCGGGGACCGUGGCCGCCGCAGGUAGCUGAACCCCGAGCCACGCUCCCCGAGCCUCGGCUGCGCGCGCGCGUAGGUCGCUCCGGGUCUCAGUGCACGCUGGGGAUCCCCGAGCUCGGCUCUGCGGGCGAGAUGCCCCUGGGACACAUCAUGAGGCUGGAUCUGGAGAAGAUCGCCCUGGAGUACAUCGUGCCCUGUCUGCACGAGGUCGGCUUCUGUUACCUGGACAACUUCCUGGGCGAAGUGGUGGGCGACUGCGUCCUGGAGCGCGUCAAGCAGCUGCACUGCAACGGGGCCCUGCGGGACGGCCAGUUGGCGGGGCCCCGCGCCGGCGUCUCCAAGCGGCACCUGCGGGGAGACCAAAUCACGUGGAUCGGGGGCAAUGAGGAGGGCUGCGAGGCCAUCAGCUUCCUCCUGUCCCUCAUUGACAGGCUUGUCCUGUACUGCGGGAGCCGGCUGGGCAAAUACUACGUCAAGGAAAGGUCCAAGGCAAUGGUGGCUUGCUACCCAGGAAAUGGAACGGGUUAUGUUCGACACGUAGACAACCCCAACGGUGACGGUCGCUGCAUCACCUGUAUCUACUAUCUGAACAAGAAUUGGGACGCCAAGCUCCACGGUGGGGUCCUGCGGAUAUUUCCAGAAGGGAAAUCGUUCAUAGCGGAUGUGGAGCCCAUUUUUGACAGACUCUUGUUCUUCUGGUCAGACCGCAGGAACCCACAUGAAGUCCAGCCUUCCUAUGCGACCAGAUACGCUAUGACUGUAUGGUACUUUGAUGCUGAAGAAAGGGCAGAAGCCAAAAAGAAAUUCAGGAAUUUAACCAGGAAAACUGAAUCUGCCCUCUCGGAAGACUGACUGUGCUCUGAAAUCCACUGGCCUCAUUCGUUUUAGUAAUGGUUCCCGAAUUCUCUUUAAGAGUUGAGAUCCAAAGAAGGCCUCUUCGGUGACUCAGUGACAAGAAAUCCCCCUCCUGCUUGCAUCAUUCACAUCCCUGUCUGACGUAUGGUACUUUGUGUUUUCUUGCCGAGAUGGCAUCCACCUUCAGACACUCUCCUUGCAAGAUGAACUCAUUUGCUAACGCCAGAAAUGCCUGCAGAUGACCUAGCUGGCCAGCGGUUUAACUGAUAGAUUUGGUAAUACUAGCUAUCAAAACAAGAUCAUGGGAGCAUGGGCAAGGGAGUGAGUCUUACUUGCACUUUAUGUACACUUCCUGAUUUGAAAGGAGGAGGUUUGCCAAGAAAAAGCAACGGUGACAGAUGCCACAGAGAGGCAUCAUUGAAGCCUUAACAGCAGGAAGCAGAAAUUUGUGUCAUCGGAACAAUUUCCAGAUGUUCUUAAUCCAGGGCUUUUGGGGUUUCUGGAGAAUUAUCACAAUCUAAUGACAUUAUUACCUCUAGAAAGGGCUGCUGUCAUAGUCAUCAAUUUGUAAGUAUCCUGUGGGUGGACAUUCUUUUUUUCCUGGUCCUGCAACCUGGACUUUUCUGCCUCUGCCCCAUUUUUCUGACAUUAGGACUUUCUGAUCAAAGAUGAUACACCAUUUAUUUUUUAUUUUCACUUCUUACUUGGAGGACCUAAUUCCCCAGAGGCAAAAACCAGGCAUAAAUUGUUCGGGUUACUUUGUUGAAGUGGAUUUUGAAUUUAAAUCAAAGGGGAAAAGAACCUACCUGGAAGGUAGUUUGGAGACCACAACCUCUAAAAACGGUAUCGAAAGACGUGCGUCUGCCGAUACACAAUAAUCCUCAAGUAUGCAUCGUGAACAAUUUGAGAAUGGCAAUGGUGUUAGAAAUGUAGGCCUUCCGAUGUUUCAGUUUUCCCUUUUUAAUGAGCUCACCCUUCUUCUUUAACAGAAUGAGAAAAUAACAAAACACGGGGCAUUGUAUUUUAAAAUUGAAACGGAAAUAAAACAAAAAAAUCCUGAAAAGCUAUUUGAGUUUGUCCACAUUUUCUGUUCCUAGUAGCCUUUCUUCAACAGAAUUGACUCUUCAGAUCCACUGUGGUUGGCAAUAUGUCCAGAAUCAUGGAAUUUGCUAGAAAUGUGGAAGAUUCCACUACAGUAGAGCCACAGAUUCCACCGUCUCAAGAACCCUGUAUUGUGCACCUAUUUUGCGAAAGUUACUCUUCCUGGUUUUCAGUUCCAUUUUCAUAUUUUAAAAUCCCUUUCGUUUCUUGCUUGCAAAUCUCAUGAACAUUAAAGAGCCAGAAAUAUCUUCUUUUGUCAUUUGCAGAUAUAUACACUUUCCAAGAAAGAAGCUUAUUUUUUUUUUUCCGUUUCUGGUUUUGGAAAAUUUCCAGAUAAGGCUUGUCUUCAUUCUCACAACUGCUCUAUUUUUUUUUUCAUAGUACUUAUCAUCUUCUAACUUACUAUGUAAUUUACUUAUUUAUUAUGUGUACUGUCUUAUAUCUUUUCUCUAGAGUGUAAGCACAAUGAAGACAGGGAUUUUUGUAUGUUUUUAAUCAAUGGAAUGUAUUCCCAGAACCUAAAAUAGUGCCUGGCACAUUAAGGGCUCAGUAAAUACUUGUUGAAUAAACUUGGUCUCCUA